UUCUGUAUCUUUUUUUUCUCUCAAACUACAUUCAGCUUUCUUACAACUUUUAACUCAAUUUUUCAGCUAUUUAUUAUACAACAAAUGGUUACUUCACUCAAUUUCCCUGUACAAAUAAUUUCCAUAGAAACACAACGAGAACCAGACGGACUAGCUUAUUCUAGCAGAAAUAAAUAUUUAAAUUUUGAAGACAGAAAACUUUCCUUAAUUUUAUUCAAAACUUUAAAUACUGGUUUAGAAGAAGCAAAAAAGGGGUCAAAAAUGACAAAAAUUUUGAGGGAAAUGAAAAUUUAUUUUGAAGAAAAUAAUAAUUUAAACAAAAUAAUUUUGGAUUAUUUAGUUGUUGUGGAAGCUAAAACUUUCAAACAAAUAGAAGAGGAUGGAUUUAAAGGGGAAGCUAUUUUACUUAUUGCUGCCAUUGUUGGGGGAACUAGAUUAAUUGAUAAUAUUGAUGUUAAGAUUGGAUGUUGA